AUGGCUGCCAGCUUAGGCGACACGUCACUGGCUGACAUUCAUCACGAAGGGCUGGAUCAGCUUCUAAAUGAUCUGGCCAAUGUAUACCCUACUAGCCCUGGUCAGCAACAGCCGCUCUUGGGUGUCCCGGUCAUCGAUGCAUUGCUGGAAGUCUUUAUGCAGAGAUUACCGGGCAUGUCGAUUGAGACAGAACGGCAGUUAAACGAUACUGCAUUGCCAGAGCAAAUAGUCACAGAAGAUGAGGAGGUUCUCUUGCGCCACGAAAAUCUGGAUGACGAGACCGCCGCUCCUGGGGAUCGACCUGCUCAAGUAGGACGUGAUUCAUCCAAUGUCUUCAUUUCAAGCUCCACCCCCAGACACAAGCGACCAUCCCCAGUCGUGGAAAUUUCCAGCAGUCUAUCGGGAGCUGGUAAAACGCAGCUGCUAUAUUAUAUGACUGCGCGUGCCAUCCUGCCGAGAAAUUAUGGCGGCAUAUCAAUCGGAGGACUUGAAGCAGCUAUGGUCUGGAUGGACGCUGAUGACCGGUUUGAUGUCUACAGACUAAAAUGUGUGGCUCGAGAACUUCUGCGACAAGCACGAGAAUCAACAGAUGAAGAUAUUCUCGACGAAGACACUGAAUUCUUCUCAGAUGCCCAACUGGCAGAAUUGUUGACUUCUUCCAUCCAACACGUCCAUGUCUUUCGUCCACAGUCAUCCACCGCCCUUCUUGCCACGCUGUGUACCCUAGACAAGUAUCUUUAUGACUUGUCUAGGCAUCACUCUGCCUCACGGCCCUUGCACAUGCUAGUCAUCGACAGCGUCACUGCAUACCUCUGGAAAGACAAACUGAGGGACGAACUGGCCCGAACAGAAGAGAUUGGGCGUUCUCGAGCAGAGAUCGAUCAACAGCGGGCACUGAAACAAACCUUUCACCUUUCUGAUCUAUACGCCGAGAUUGUCAACGACUUGAAGCGACUUCAAGGUCGGUUCGGAUGCGCUGUUAUUUAUACGACAACAGUCUCCAGUGGCCGUCCGUCAGCUUCGAAUACCGGUCAAUCGGGUCCUCCUGGCCCAUAUGAUCGCCUGCCUUCUAAGACACCAUCUCUGCGGCCUGCAUUGCCAGCACCAUGGGGCACGUUCCCAAUUCUUCGGUUGGUUGUUCACAGGGAUGCAGUACGCCCGUUCCCACCAGCCAUGAGUGCACAUGAUGCCAGGAGGGAUGCUUCGAUGCGCCAGAGCGUGGUUCGUCAAGGCAAGUUCUCAGCCUGGGUCAACGCUUGGGGUCGCGAAGAGUGGCCUCGUCGAGUGAUAGAUGGUGUCAACUGGUAUAAUGGCGGGUGCUUCCCGUUCUACGUGCGAGCGACUGGAGUUGAAAUACCACAGCCAGACAAUUGA